UCCGCGUCAGUCGGUUAUUUGACGGUGUUAGAGUGGAAAGUGUUGGGCAGAUUAAUUGUCGCAAUAAUUAACCCUUUCAUUGGAGUUUUACAUCUCUUGUCAAUACUUUUCGUAAAAUUUCAUACAUCUGUUCAACAGACAGUUGUAUUUUACCAUUUCCUUGUAGCGGUAAUGCAAAUUGCCGCCUUUGUGACAGACAUUUUUCCGUAAAGAAAUUUUCAGAGAAAGCGAGCAAAUCUGGCGACUGAAAUAAGAUACAGAAUUGGAAUGAGACUGAUUUUAAAGAAAUUCAUAAUACACACAUCCUCAGACCAUUUCUCCGAAAAAUCGUCGUAUUUUCUUUAGUUGUUAAUUCGAUUGCCCCCGAUUUUUUCCAAAUUUUUUAUAUCCGUUACAUAAUAGUGGUACAAACGUGUGUAUGAACUGUUGCUACGAUUCUGAAAAUAGUGAUAAGAUUUUCGCUUCAUCCAGUAAGUGUUCUUUUUCGAUUGUCAUCAACCAGCAACCAGGAAAGAUGGAUUCCAAGCCCGCCUCUUCUGAUGAAAACGACUCCGAAUUGAAAGGUACGCAGUCGGUGACGCCGGCUGCUGGUACCAAAAAAUCCACCCUCAGGCAGUUCGCGCCACUCCUAGUGGCGAUGGUAGGCCUACCGGGGAGGGGCAAGAGUCUUUUGGCUAAGAGACUGAUGCGGUACCUGAAUUACACACACGAUACCGCCAAAGUAUACGAUAUCAGCGAGUAUCGGCGCAAGCACAUGAAACAGUACGCGUCGCACGAGAUGUUCCGCGCAGACAACUUACCCGCGGUCGCCAUCAGACAGCAGAGCUUCAGGGAGGCGCUCGAGGACGCCGCCAAUUGGCUGGAAGAACCGGGACACAAAGUGGCCAUCUUGGACGGGCCGAACGUGUCGCGGGCCCAACGGCAGGAGAUCUACGAUUUGGUCCACGAGCAACUCGGCUUUAGGGUCAUGUUCAUCGAAUGCGUUUGCGAGGACCCCGUCUUGCUCGAGAGGAAUUUCAAAGAAAUACUCCAGUACAGCGCGGAUUACAAAGACAUGGCGAUGGAGGAGUCGCUCAAAGAUCUCACGUAUAAGAUGGCGCAUUACAAGGCGCAGUACGAGUCCCCGACGUUGGGUAGCCUUUGGGAGUUGCCCUGUCCCAUGGUGAAGCUGUUGGACGGCGGAGACGGCGGCGUCAUCGCCCAUGGAGUCACCGGCAUCAAGGAGAGCAAGAUUCUGGCUUACAUAUCUGCACCCAAACCAUAUCAGCAAACUUUAUACUUCAGCAGGCACGGCGAAAGUGAGUUCAACGUGAUCGGGCGUAUCGGAGGGGACGCCCUACUGUCCCCCCGAGGCCGCAUGUACUCUCAUUCAAUGGCCAAGCACAUCCACGCCCUAAAUUUGCCUUGCCUGCAAGUCUGGACUUCCACGCUCCAAAGAACCAAAGCCACAGCCGCAUUGAUCAAUGCGCCCCAACAACAUUUGAGCGAAUUGGACGAAAUUUGGUCGGGCGAUUGCGAAGGUCUCUCCUACGAGGAACUCCAAGAGCGUUUUCCCAGGGAGUUGGCGUUGCGUGACCGCGAAAAACUGAAGUACCGUUACCCGCAGGGAGAAUCAUACUUGGACGUUAUGGCGCGACUGGUUCCCGUCCUAACCCAGAUGGAAUGCGAGACAAACAUUCUAACCAUAUCCCACCAGGCGGUGCUUCGUUGCGUUUUGGCUUACUUUUUGGAAACCCCACCCGACGAAAUACCGUACAUGCACGUGCCGCUGCACACCAUCAUCAAGAUUACGUUGCAAGGUUACAACUACAACAUGGAAACGAUUAAGAUGCCGAUCGAGUGCGUCGACACCAACAGGGCUAAACCUUUGAACUGUUCGGAGAACCGCACUGCCGAGGAGGCGUUACUUACGCUUCCCGCCCAUUUUGACUCGAUGGCAAGCUUGAAUAAUUUAACAACAUGCACCUAAUCGCCAAAAUCACCAAGUUGGCCCGUGGGCCACAACUAAAUUUUAAGAAGAGCUCGUAGUUCUUUAGAGAUAAGCGUGCUUUACAGUUGUGGUUUAUUCGUUGUAAUACAUGAUGUUAGUGUUGGCUAGCUUUCUGGUAGUUCUUGUAUACCUAUAGCAUAUCUAAUAUUUUUUCUAGAUUCAAUACUAUUUACUUUUUUGUGUAUUUUAAUUUCUUUUGCCUCCGUUUUCUUUUUGAUUAGCGUUAGGUUGAUUAUUAGUUUAUACGACUUUUUUCGACUCUGAGGUUUUUGCCCGCGGUUUUUGCGUUUUGAAAUUAAGACUGCAAUUUGUAGCAAACAAUGCAAUAUUUAAGUCUUCUUUGUUUCUAUUAUUGUUAAAUGCCGACUGCCUAGGUAUAAGCGAAACUCGUCAAUUAUUGUUCUAGAUUGGUCAGCGCAGUGCAGGUUGUUUUUUUUUGGCUUUGAUUUGAAUCUAGAUUAGCGGUUUUCACGUAUUUUUGUAGCUUUCGACGUAUCUUACCGAGAAAAGGAACAUUUAGCUGGAUAAAACGAGCGAUGUCAUUGUUUUCAGGAGCAAUAAAUUAGGGGCUCGAAGUUUCGGAUCGUUUUUAACUGUGAUUAUUCAUUGAGCAUUUUUUUAAAAAAAUUUCUAACUCGCCUAAAUUGGUUUUACCAUAGAAACUCGUCGCGUUCGUAUUAUUAGUUCUGUUUUAAGAAUUGAGAAUGUGUAUUAAAAAAUAAAUAACAU